GUCACUGCUACCAGGCUGCUCGCACAAGGAGUGGCUUAACGCUGCGCAUCGCUGGACGAUAUCGCAAUAGUUGCUCAGCACUCGUGCCUGCUGCGUAGUGGCUGAAGCACUUGCAGUCUCUGUGCACGUCUGCAAGUAGCAGUAGGGCUGCAAGCAACUGCUGACUGAUGCGCGGCGCCCUCGUGAUGAUGCUGGCGACUUGCCGAGCGCUGCGACCCGCAGCUCUGCGGUUCGCCGCACGCCGCCGCAGCGGUGCAGCGCUCACGACGAUGUCCGCCGCCGCGCCGCCGCGCAAAAAAGUGAAGAGUAUAGUAGAAGUCACACCCGACUCUGUUAUUGGAGAGACGGUCACGGUCAAGGGCUGGGCAAGAACGGUACGAGCGCAGAAGGCGUUGGGCUUCUUGGAAGUCAACGACGGCUCGUCGUUCGGCGGGCUGCAGGUCGUCUUCGAGGGCGAUUUAGUAUCUAGCUUAAAAGGCGUCGGGACGGGCUGUGCGGUCUCAAUCGAGGGCGAGGUCGUGAAAGGUGGAGGAAAACAACCAAUAGAACUGAAAGCGUCGAGUUUCGAGUUGGUCGGAGGCUGUGAAUCAGACUACCCUCUCCAAAAGAAGCGCCACUCUUUGGAAUUCUUGAGAUCCAUCGCACAUCUACGACCGCGCACGAACACGUUAGCGGCAGCAGCACGGAUUCGCUCCACCCUAGCGCAAGCAGUACACGCGUUCUUCGACGAAGAAGGUUUUAAUUAUGUGCAUUCGCCCAUCAUCACGACGUCGGACUGCGAGGGCGCGGGCGAGAUGUUCCGCGUGACGUCGCUCGACGGGAAAGAACUUUCGCGUUCGUCGGAGAAAGACGACUUCGCCGACGACUUCUUCGCGAGGAGCGCUUAUCUGACUGUGUCAGGACAGUUGAGUGGAGAGGCUUAUGCGUGCGCGCUGGGCGAUGUCUACACCUUCGGGCCCACGUUCCGCGCGGAGAACAGCCAGACCGCAAGACACCUCGCGGAGUUCUGGAUGAUCGAGCCGGAGAUCGCGUUCGCGGACGCGAGCGGCGCGAUGGACAACGCCGAGGCGAUGAUGAAGUUCGUCAUUAAGAAGGCUUUGAGUGACUGUAAAAAAGAUUUGGAGUUCUGCGACAAGUUUUAUGGUAAUAAUGAGCUCAUUGACCGGCUGACGUCCAUCUCCGGGAGCGAGCCGUUCCUGCGGUUAUCGUACACGGACGCCGUGUCACUCUUACAGGAGGAAAUCGCGAAGGACCCGAAGAAGUGGCAGUUCCCCGACGUCGAGUUCGGCACGGACCUCGCCACGGAGCACGAGCGCUGGCUCGCGGAGGUGCACGCGGGCGGGCGGUGCGUUUUUGUGUAUGACUAUCCGCGGAGCAUCAAGUCCUUCUACAUGCGCGAUAACGACGACAAGCAGACGGUCGCGGCCUUUGAUCUCCUCGCGCCGGGCGUUGGGGAAUUGGUCGGCGGCUCGCAGCGCGAGGAGUCUUAUGAUAGACUUGUCGCGAAGAUGACGGAGUUUGGUUUAGAUCCGGAGGACUACUGGUGGUACCUGGACUUGCGGAAAUAUGGAAGUGUGCCGCACGCGGGCUACGGCCUCGGCUUCGAUAGAUUGGUGUGCUACGUCGCGGCGAUCGAGAACAUCCGGGACUCGAUCCCCUUCCCGCGGUACCCGGGGUCGGCGCAGUUCUAGGCGCGUAAGUGUGGGAGAGAGAGUCGCUUAUUGAGCAGCCCCUCUACCCCGUAC